UGGCUGCGGUUGACUAGUGGGUCUGGGGUUCCCAGUGGCUCUCCAGAGGAAAAAGUCCUGCUCCCCAGAGGAAAGAGGCAAUUCUCAUCAUAGUGGAGGAACUGCAGGUGACCCUUGUCGUAACAGCUUCCGGAGAGAACAGCCUGUACCUGGAGGAACCAGAUGCAGGAGGAGCUAAGGAACGACCAAGCACAGCUGAGAACUUCUGCUGAGGCUGCAGCUCCCACACCACAUAGCAUGGCAUGUGGAUCUAUGAUGAUGGGCCCCCUCUGUCUGGUGGAAAAUGGGAAAAAUCAGCUGGCAGUGAAUCCAAAAGCACUGGAAAUUUUUGACAAGAUCUCUCAGCCUGUGGUGGUGGUGGCCAUCGCAGGGCUGUGUCGGACAGGAAAAUCCUUCCUAAUGAACCGCCUGGCAGGACAGAACCAUGGUUUCCCUCUGGGCUCCACAGUGCAGUCUAAAACCAAGGGCAUCUGGAUGUGGUGUAUGCCCCACCCCUCCAAGCCAAAUCACAUCCUGGUCCUUCUGGACACCGAGGGCUUGGGCGAUGUGGAAAAGGGUGACUCUAACAAUGACUUGUGGAUCUUUGCACUGGCCGUGCUUCUGAGCAGCACGUUUGUCUACAACAGCAUGGGGACCAUCAACCACCAGGCCCUGGAGCAGCUGCACUAUGUAACUGAACUAACCAACCUGAUCAGGACAAAAUCUUCUCCCAGCUCCGGUGAAGUAGAUGACUCAGCUAAGUUUGUGAGUUUCUUUCCAGAAUUUGUGUGGGCUGUACGGGACUUCAUGCUGGAGCUGGAGUUAAACGGACGCCCCAUCACUGAAGAUGAGUACCUGGAGAAUGCCUUGAAAUUGACUCCAGGCGAGAGUCCCCAAAUCCAAAAUCGCAACAUGGCCAGGGUAUGUAUCAGGAAAUUCUUCCCCAAACGGAAGUGCUUUGUCUUUGACCAGCCUGCACAUAACAAAAAACAAUUACUUCAUAUUGAUGAAGCAUCAGAGGAUCAACUGGAAAAGAGUUUCCAGGAACAGUCCAAAAAUUUCUGUUCAUAUAUCUUCAAAAAUGCAAAAGCCAAGACCCUAAGAGAAGGAAUCAUUGUCACUGGAAAUGGGCUGAAGACCCUAGUGGUGACCUAUGUGAAAGCCAUCAACAGUGGAGCAGUACCUUGUUUGGAGAAUGCAGUGACAACUCUGGCCCAGCUUGAGAACUCAGCGGCGGUGCAGAAGGCAGCCGACCACUACAGUGAGCAGAUGGCCCAGCGAGUGAGGCUCCCCACAGACACGCUCCAGGAGCUGCUGGACCUGCACUCAGCCUGUGAGAAAGAAGCCAUUGAAAUCUUCAUGGAGAACUCCUUCAUGGAUGAAAACCAGGAGUUCCAGAAGGAGCUUUUGGAAACCAUACAGGAAAAGAAGGGAGAUUUCAUGCAGCAGAACAAAGAGGCAUCUACAAAAUAUUGCCAGGCUCAGCUUAAGCAGCUCCUCGAGCCCUUGAUGAAAGAUAUUUCGAAAGGGACUUUCUCUGUGCCUGGAGGACACAAACUCUACUUAGAAGAAAUGGACAAGGUUGAACAAUCUUAUAAGCUGGUACCCAGUAAAGGAGUUAAGGCAGAUGAGGUUCUCCAGAGCUCCCUGAAGUCACUGGCUGCAACAGAGGAAUCCAUCCUGCAGGCAGAGAGCGCCUUCAGUGCUGCAGAGAAGAAAGUAGCAGCUGAGCGUGCAAAGAAGUUGGCAGCUGAGAAGGAACUGGAGCUGCAAAGACAGAAAGAGAAGGAACUGAAGAAAGAGAUGGAGGAUCAAGAGAAAUCUUUCAAAGAACACCUGGCCCAACUGGAGAAGAAGAUGGAGAGAGACACAGAAAACAAACUGAGAGAGCUGGAAACAAUGCUGGAGCACAAGCACGAGGUCAAAAAGGAACUACUUGUUGAAGGAUUUAAGAAGGAAUCUGAGGAGAUGGCAAAAGAGAUAAAUCAACUAAAAGAAGAGCGUGAAAGAACUAAAAACAAAAUGAAUUUAAUCCCAGAAAUCCUUCAAGUGGCAGCCACUGUAUUAUUUACAGCACUAGCAGUGUUUCUUAAGAUACCUGUUGCAGGGAUUAUAUCUAGAGCAUUUAGAUAGGAUGAGAAUUCCUGAUAAGUAUAUUACAAAAAAAGGUUUCUUAUUUUUUAAUAGCAUAACAGCGUGGCUCAUUUUGGAAAUAUGCGUGUCAUGGUAAUGUCAUCCAAGAAAAGUUUAAAAGUGAAGAGUGACUAAAAAGAAUGUCAAGGGAAGUCCUAGCCACAGCAAUUAGACAUAGAAAAAAUAAAUAAAAGGUAUCCACAUUAGAAAGG